GCGAGCCAGGCGACUCAUCUCGACUGCUCGUUCGUUUUACCACAGGACAGCAUGCAACCUCUUGAUUGCACCGCACCUCGACUUGUCUUGAUUUGACCCUGUCCGUGAUUUGGGUGACCGGGCCUGAUCGUUCCCUUCGCCAGCACUUUUGUCCUCGUCCUUCCUUCCCUGUCCUGCCCUCAUCAAUCUCGCCUUCCUUCCCAAUAACCCCACCGCCAAAACCACAGCCCACUUUCGCAUUGCCAUUCGAAAUGCCAUAGCCGCCUGCCGCCUCACCUGAGAGCACCCGUCCGCUAAUCUCGCUGGGGUCGCGCUCAACCAGGUGGAGCAACCUUGUCAGGCUCAGUCGUCUCCUUUCUGCCCAUCAUUUCGUGCGCUUCCUCACCGUGUGCCGUGCGUGGGACGGGCCACAACAACACGACGGAAGAAAUACGGACGGGGGCUACUCGAGGAAACCCUGGUCGUGGGCGCAAAUUGGGCCCUUCAAAGAAACGCUGAGACCCGAAUCGUUAGCGAGAUUGUCUGCCCCUAUCGAUCCUCCUCGACCACCCCCAGCUUCUCUCGUUCAUGCUAAGGACCGGGUCUGCCACUCGCACCAAGCCACUCUGCUCGCCAGCUUCUCGAGACCCACGCCCCAGUCCGCCCACGAGUCCCCAGUCCUGCCCUCCUGCCCUCCUGCCCUCCUCGUGGUGUUCUGGAAUUGUCCAAUCCACCCGCUAUUGGGCCGAUCUGCCCUCUCAUCCACCAGGGCUCCCCCCUCCCCCCAGCCAGGACUCACGGGCCCCGUCUUCGUGCAGCCAGCAGUUCACGCCAGUUCCAAUAGCGACACCAGCAGACCGGCCAUUGAAAUCAGGUCAACCCGUCGUCAUCUCAGAACGAGCUGCGUUCUGGCGGCCCACAACAUUCACAUUCACAUUCGCAUUCACACGCCGUCUCUCGUCCAGCUGUCACGGUUGUUCGCCCUGGCUGGUAGUGUUUCUUGGCCUCCCUCAAGCCGUCAUUCCAAUCCCGCUGCGGGACGCCUCUCAAACGCAAAGGACCAAGAGCAACGCCCACCGGGCCCAGACCCCAGGGACGGCUCUGAAUCUUUGGCAACGCUGCAGCCGGUCCUUCUUUUCCUUUUAAAUCAUCCCUUCAACCUAGUUUCAAGCGGUUCAACGCCCUUCAGGGCACCGACUCCGAGUGGGCAGCCAGGCUCAUUAGAUUACCGUUGGAUCCACGUUUAUUCUAAUAAUUGCAUCUUCACGCUAAUCCCGGAACCCUCACGCGAAAGUCGAGGUACCUGCGUCAGAACUCCCGGAGCCGCCUAAGGGAAAGGACCCGCAUCCCAAUCUUUCUGGUCCCUCCCUGCACGCCCAUCAAUCUCUUCACUUUUCCUUUUAAUAAUUCCAGGCCCAAUUCUGCAAGAGGCCCGUCCACUCUUUUUUGAUCUUUCCUAUAUCCAAUCCCAACUCAAGUCAACCUGGUUUCCGCCCUACCCUCCCUCAGGUAUACAUCCCAGCUAUCCAUCCCAAGUAUCGAUAACCGGUUACAACCACCUCAACCACCACGUACAUCACCUUCGACGCCCGCAGACACCACCGAACGCCAUCGAUUCAAUCCUCGACGCUCGCUAUUGUUGAAACUGAAUGCUCCAAUUACAGCAUUAAGCUCUUGCAAAAAGAGCUUCCCCGAAGACUCAUCCCACAGCCCUCCACCCGACUGCAGGGGCUGGAGACAGCAUUUACUCACCUUGAAACUGGUUUUCACCACCACACACAGCCAUGACUGUCGCACACGACCUGACCCACCGGGGUUCAGGCUUGAACGGCUCUAACGGCUACGCCUUGGAGGACAGGUUCGAAGUCCUCAAGGAGAUCGGCGAUGGAAGUUUCGGCAGCGUCGUCUUGGCAAGGGUUCGGACCGCUGGUGCCAACGUCGCCAGGAGAGGCACAGUAGUGGCAAUCAAGACCAUGAAGAAGUCCUUCGAGUCCUUCACACCAUGCCUAGAGCUCAGAGAGGUCGUGUUCCUGAGGACACUGCCACACCACCAACAUCUGGUUCCGGCCCUGGACAUCUUCUUGGAUCCCUUCAGCAAGAAGCUCCACAUUUGCAUGGAGUACAUGGAGGGAAACCUGUACCAACUCAUGAAGGCCAGAGAUCACAAGUGCCUCGACAACGCGAGCGUGAAGAGCAUCUUGUUCCAGAUCAUGCAAGGACUUGAGCACAUACACGCACACAACUUCUUCCACAGAGAUAUCAAGCCAGAGAACAUCCUGGUGUCGACUUCUUCCCAUCAAGAUACUUCUAACUCUUUCAGGCGCUACUCAGCUUUGGUCACGCCACCCUCCACUCCUCCCACGUACACUGUCAAGAUCGCCGAUUUUGGACUGGCAAGGGAGACACACUCCAAGCUGCCAUACACGACGUAUGUAUCGACGCGGUGGUACCGAGCUCCCGAGGUGCUAUUAAGGGCCGGCGAAUACUCUGCCCCCGUGGACAUCUGGGCCAUUGGUGCAAUGGCGGUGGAGAUAGCGACGCUGAAGCCCCUCUUCCCUGGUGGAAACGAGGUAGACCAGGUCUGGAGGGUCUGUGAGAUAAUGGGAAGCCCAGGGAACUGGUACAACAAGGCCGGUCAGCGGGUAGGUGGUGGUGACUGGCGCGAGGGCACCAGACUGGCCGGAAAGUUGGGGUUCUCCUUCCCUAAGAUGGCCCCCCACUCGAUGGACACGAUCCUACAAACACCACAGUGGCCCGCGUCGCUGAGCCACUUCGUGACGUGGUGCCUGAUGUGGGACCCCAAGAACAGACCGACAUCCACACAAACGCUGCAGCACGAGUACUUCGCCGAUGCGGUUGAUCCUUUGCGACCCAAGUCGUCAGCAUCAAGAAUGCUGGGCCGGAAGCCCUCCGAGAUUGGACGGUCCAAGGAUGCCGCGACACCGCCAAUGUCGUCGAAACCAUCAUGGUUCAGGAAGUCGCUCAUUGGCCGCACUGACUCCAACGAGGCAGUCCCCCAACAGACUGUGAAGGAGCCGACUGCGUCUCGGCCUCCCCCAGCCCACGGUAUGAUUGUUGAUGUCGCACCUGUGGUACCCGCGAAGACCCGGCCGGCCGCGCCCAAGAGGACAACAUGGAGCAAUGGUAUUUCCAACGUGGCACCCAUGCCAAUUCUUCCCACUAUCCGCCCCAUCUCACCUCUCUCAGAUGCCGUGACGGCUCAAGCCAGCAGCCGAACGCCAUCGUACAACGACGCCUACGCAAACGGUGCUCAAAGGCAUGGACCACAAGAGGACAAGUCAUCCAAGAAGAUCGGGAGACAGCUUUCCGUUCAGUCGAACUCUAACCACUACUCCGAGCUUCAUCGACAACAGGCCGAGCGAGCUUUGAACGGCGGCAGCGGACUGGCGUCACCACCGAGUGCCCACAAGGAGAGUUUCUUUUCCCACCUAAGGAAGAGGGCACGGAGGUUUUCCGGACGGCACCAAACCCCGGUCUCGCCCAUUGAAUCGGACAUGGAGGCCCAAGCUGGAUGCGGUCCAUGGGGAAGCCAGAGAUCAUCCAUGGUAAUCGAUCAACCACCGGCACCUGUGCCAAAGGACACUUACGAACCCCUCGACAGAGCCUUGAGAGACGUCCAACAAAAUGCCGAUAACGUGCAUGCCCCGGCCCCUCCCGCACACCAGGCCAACUCCCAGAGCAACCUGAAGCGUCACCACUCGCUGCCGCAGCACAAGCCCCGGUCCGUGGACAACCUCGCUGGCGCUGCUCGAAACGGAGGCCCGAUUUCCAGCCGAACCCGAAGGGCACAAGCGACCCACGGAGUGAACCACUACGAUGCCCCCGACGAGGCGGAUGAGCUUCUCGAUGAGGUCCUCUCGUCGACGCACAAGGCCAUGAAGCGGAUCGAGCGAGACGGCCGGGUUGACAACCACCGGCAGGCACCGACCAACGCCGGAUUUGCCAACCCAUAUCCGACCCCCUCUCCCUCGGCCAAUGGGAAUGCUUGCCUCUUCGGAGACGGCCAGGAGGUGGUUGCUCCCAAGCCACUGGACCUGAACAGGAAGGUUUCGGAGUACAAAUGGCCGACGCCCCCGUACGAGGAGAGUGACUGGGCGGCGUCGGCCUCGGCAAGCAUCUGGGCGGCCAGCCAUCGAUUCUAGGCGACCGAGUUGCGCCGGCAAACGCUUCCCUUCAAGAUUGAACACUCAGAGCGCUUCGAUUUCUGAUCCGAUCAUUUUCACACGGAGUUAUUUUUUCUACUUUUUCUUUGGUGUUGAGGAGCACUAUCGCGUCACUCUCUUGGUCCGGUUUUACAGCUGCGGCAUAUGCUGGGCGGCAGUCAUUGGCAUCAGUUUGCAUUUGGAUUCGUUGACUUGGAGCACCCUGCCGGCGGCAGGGCGGGCUGCGUCUUUUUCGCGAGUUGAAGUUGCCGUACAGAAUACCCCUUUAUAGAUUGGACGGUUCGACCAGACGACCGGAGAUUCUUCUUUAUUUUGUUAGAGACUUAGGGUGGCAUCCGCCAGAGAUAUUUUGUCCCGAGGUUGGGAUAACCAGUCACAAUUUACAUUGGUGCCACUGGAUUGGGAUCAUCUCAGGGGAUUGCUUGGGGCGGGAUACUUUGGAGGGCGGUGGUUUUGGAAACGGCUAUCCUUGGGAGUGGAAAAGAACAAAAAAGGGACACUUUUUGUUUGUAUACAAGGGAGUUGGAGUCAGGACGGGGUCUGCGACCGUUUGAAAGCCCCUCGACUCGGCCACUUUCGAGAAGGGGACGAGGCGGGGAGGCUGGCGCUUAGGUCCAGGUCUACUUUACAUAUCUGAGUUCAGGUCAGCCUGCGUACAGGCACUGGACAUCGUAAUGCAAACCAACUAUCUUUGCUA